CCCACCCUCGCCUUCACAAGGAGAAAACAGGACUUACUGCCUCAGAGGUCUUAAAGAGGGUCAAGGAUUUAUUUUUCAUAAGGUAAUAGCUGUGCUAAUAGGAGCUGAGUGGCAGUUGCUGUCGACUGGACUAAGAAAUCCUCACUGGACAGCCUCCUGUUUCCUGAGGGGUGUUACCUGAUUGGCUUCAGGGAUGAAAGCUUUUGAGUUGAUAGGAGGGCUGGUCCUCCUCACCUCUGUGUUUUCAGCCUGUUAUGGACAAAACCCAGUGACUGUGCUGUGCUCCAUAGACUGGUUCAUGGUCACGGUCCACCCCUUCAUGUUGAACACUGAUGUAUAUGUCCACUUUCACGAGUUACACUUGGGCCUGGGUUGCCCUGCCAACCAUGUUCAGCCACACACCUACCAGUUCACCUAUCGUGUUACUGAAUGUGGCAUUAGAGCCAAGGCCAUCUCUCAGGACACAGUUAUCUACAGCACCGAGAUGCACUACGCUUCCAAGGGCACAUCAUCUAGAUAUGCGAUCCCAGUGUCGUGUGCUGCCUCGCAACAGUCGCCAUGGCUCACUAUGCCCCGCUCCAUGACAGUAGCCAGCAAGAGAGGAACCACGGCCCAGAAAGAUGAGACUUGCUACGAGGCGUACAGCUUGUCACAGUCCUGCCAAAGGUCCAACUGCGAUUGUCCACCUUGUGUCUUCAAUGAAGAAGGGCAUACUCAGGCCUCAUAUUACUAAGCAGAGGCUCUGGGGGCCCAUUCUGCUCAGUCACCUUACUUUGUUGAUUUUUCUGAGGAUUGGCGUCUUCACUCGCAUGAUCUGCUUGGGCCCAUGUGAUCCCAGGUUUCGGGUCUCCUAAAGAUGCUGUUUCUAGAAUUAGUGUGUAGAAUUUACUAAUAUCAGACAAAUAAGUACUCUCGUGGCCCUCUCAAUUAGUACCUUUGAGAAAGGGCAACCCCAUAGCAACUUAACGAAUAAAGCUUUUUUAUAUUUUUAUACCUUUUUUUAAAAGAAAAAUAAAAUUCUGAUGGCAUAAAAA